AUGUUCCAGAACCAGCAGAACACCGCCCGCGGCGGCCCGUUAGGCGGCAACAGAUUACAAAAUGGAAAGCUGGGCAGCGGCUCACAAUGGGCAUUUGGCGGAUCCAUGGGCGCGGCUCCUGGCCUCUCUAAUGCACAAUCGCGAGCAAACGGCGGUGGGCUAUCGAGCUUUGCACAAACAAUCGGCAGCUCUCAGUCCCAUACCCCUCUAAAUCUCGAAGAGUUUCCCUCAUUAUCGGGCGCGCCACAAGCACAACAGAACACGUCUGCACAGCAGAUGUGGUCAAAUCCAACGCUACGUACGACGCAACAGCACUCUACGAUUCAACGACCGCAGGGGCAAGGCGUCCAACAAGGCCAAGCCGGUCAGCCUGCAAAUCAACAGCUGAAUCAAGCGCACGAUGAGGGUGUAGGCACCGCACAAGGUCAAUUCUUGGCGGUUGGGGAUGAUUACAGGUUCGGAGGACAGUCAGGAGUCGGACAACUCUCAGGCGCGUCUCAACCUCAGACGGGCAACAUUGACGAGUUCCCACCACUAGGAGGCAGUGCUGACAUUGGACCUGAUCGGAGAACCGGUAUGAUACAAAAUGCUGCGGCCUACGGUGGCAAUGCGAAUACAAAUGCGUUUCCUGGGCUCGGGCAAACAAGGAACGGGCUUUCAAGUCCCACCGAUACGCAGCAGGAUCGGACAAUCAACCCGACAAUAGCAGGCAGAGGGUUGAAUGCUGCCACAGCGUCUCGAUCCCCCUUUGACAACAUGCGCGGUAGUGGCGGGACUCCUAGUCUACCAGACAAUCACCCACGCGCUGGACACGCGUUAGGAGACAUACAAAGCAUGUCUUUCAUGGGCUCCACACCGCAGAAUCUCCCACCAGUGGGACAACGACCGCCGCAGAGUCAAUUUGAGUCGGCAUUUGGCGCUGACACUGUGGGUUCUCCGAACGCUCAAGCACCACACAAGAGACUAGCGGACAUGACAGAGGCGGAGCGGUAUACUCUUCCUGGGUUGCUGUCUAUGAUACCCAUGGAUAGCCCCGAUUACUCCUCGCUUGCGGUCGGUCAAGACCUUACAGUAUUAGGGCUUGACCUUAGCCGUCCGGAUAAUUCUCCCUUGCACCCCACGUUCGGCUCACCGUUUGUGGAAUCAAACGCCAAGCCUGUAAUACCACCUGACUUCAAGCUUCCUGCAGCCUACACUGUGACAAACGUACCGCCACUGCAUACCAAGGUGACCAGCUUCUCCGCAGAAACACUACUUGCCAUAUUUUAUCAGUUCCCGCGCGACAUAAUGCAGGAGAUUGCUGCCAACGAAUUGUACAAUCGCGACUGGAGAUGGCAUACCAAACUCCAACAAUGGAUGAUGAAGGAUCCGGAUUUACCAGCACCUGUGCGGCUGUCUCCGAAAGUCGAGCGCGGAUGGUACUUGUUCUUCGAUGUUACGAAUUGGCGGAGGGAGCGGCGAGAGUUCGAACUCGACUACGAUCACCUAGAUCAACGCCACGGGCCAGCCAUGGCAGGUGCUGUCUAG